AUGCAGCCACGCCGCGCCCUUUUCACGGUUGCCGCUACCUCUAGAUUUGUAACCCAGAGGUCGAACUUCAGCACUACAACAUCACCAAGAUCUACCAGACUAAUAAGCAAGUCGCCUACAACGCACGCGACUCGACGUAGUUAUCUGCCAGCAAUUCGUGGAUUUGCUUCCGUGUCUGGCCAUAACGACUUCUUGAACCAGCACAACCUUGCUGUUAAGGACCUAUCGGCACGCGUCGCCGCAUUUCACUCGAACAAACAAAAGUUUCGUAUUUCCCAUGGAUCGACCAACAGCACUCGACAAUCAUCAAAGGGACCUUAUGUGCUUGAUGUGAGCGCUCUGAACAAGGUCUUGAGUGUCGAUAUCGAUAGAAAAAUCGCAUAUGUCGAGCCCAACGUGGCAAUGGAUAGACUCGUUGAGGCGACUCUCCCAUAUGGUCUUGUCCCUCCGGUGGUUAUGGAGUUUCCCGGCAUCACAGUACUGACAGUAGAAUCAGCUGGAGGAGGCUAUGCAGGCACAGCGGGCGAAAGUUCGAGCUUCAAGCAUGGCUUCUUUAACAACACUAUCGAUUCCGUCGAGAUGAUCCUCGCAACCGGUGAAGUCGUCAAAUGCUCUCCAACCAAAAGAUCGGAUCUCUUCUACGGGGCGGCUGGUGCGGUCGGUAGUUUUGGAGUCACUACCCUGAUGGAGAUUCGUCUUGAACCCGCAAAGAAGUUUGUUGAGACAACUUACCACCCAGUCACCGAUAUGAAGGAUGCGAUUGCGGUCCUUGAGAAAGCCACAGCAGAUCAUAGUUUCGAUUACGUCGAUGGCAUCAUGUUCUCCAAGACUCAAGGAGCUGUCGUUACAGGGCAUAUGACCGAUACCCCUUCUUCGACGAUCCCUGUGCAGACCUUCAGCUCUGCAUGGGAUCCUUGGUUCUAUCAACACGUGCAGAGUCAGAUUUCCAAAUCUGGAACAGAGCCUGUUGUGGAAGCAGUGCCACUUCCCGAAUACCUUUUCCGUUACGACCGUGGCGGAUUCUGGGUUGGCGACAUGGCUUUCAAGUACUUCAAUUUCCCAUACAACAAGUUCACUCGCUGGUUUCUGGAUGACUUUACUCAUACGCGUAUGAUGUACACGGCACUACACGCUUCAGGCGAAUCGAAACGAUGCAUCAUUCAAGACUUGGCUCUCCCCUACUCCACAGCUGAGAAAUUCGUCGACUACACAUCUUCCGAACUGGACAUCUUUCCCCUGUGGCUAUGUCCCCUGAAGAGAACAGAACAACCCACCAUGCACCCUUACACCCGCGAAGACAAGGAACUAAUGCUAAAUAUUGGCGUUUGGGGCUUCGGACCCAACAACCGCGCAGAAUUCGUCAAAGCAAACAGAAACCUCGAAGCCAAAUUACGCAAGCUCGGCGGCAUGAAAUGGUUGUACGCUCAGACCUAUUACACAGAGAACGAGUUCUGGGAGCAGUUUGACCGUAAGUGGUAUGAUGAGCUAAGGGAAAAGUAUGGUGCUACCAACCUGCCAAGUGUUUAUGACAAGGUCAAGGCGCCACCAGAGAAGGCGCCUGCUCCUAAAAAAUUUCUUGAGAAGUGGCCUUGGGCUGGCUUUUUCGGUAUCUGGAAGGCUAUCCAAUCCAAGACGUAUCUGCAAGCUAGAAGUGCGGCAUGGAGACAAUGGGUCAAGUAG